AUGGCCAGCCAGGUGGAGGCGCUCAAGUAUAUCCCCGGCACCAGCCUGAACGUGGACGGCUUCCGUUUCCUGCGCCCCGGCGCGCGCCACUUCUUCCUCACCCACUUCCAUGGCGACCACACCACGGGCUUGACCAAGGGUUUCGACGCGGGGACCAUCUACUGCUCCCCCGUCACCGCCCGCCUGCUCAUCCGCGACAUGGGCCUGCGCGCCGGGGUCGUGUGCCCCCUGUCCCCCCAUGUGACCGUGGAGGUGGGCGGGGUGGCGGUGACCCCUCUCCCCGCCAACCACUGUCCCGGCGCCGUCAUGUUCCUCUUCGUCAUCCCCGGGGACGGCGGGGGCCGGCCCCCUCGCACCGUGCUGCACACGGGCGACAUGCGCUGGGACGACGGCGCGAUGAUGGCCUACCCCGCGCUGCGCGCGCUGGGCACUCUGGACACGCUGGUCCUGGACACCACCUACUGUGCGCCACGCUGGACCUUUCCACCCCAGGAGCAGGUGAUCCAGGCUGCCGCCGAGUUUGUGAGGCGAGAGGCCGCCAGGUCAGCAGGCCGAGUGCUGGCCGUGGCCAACAGCUACCACAUUGGCAAGGUGCUUUAUGUUGUUCUGGGGGAAGUGUGGGGGGGACAAGAGGGUUUUCAGGGCAAAGGUGGGGACAUGCAGGGUGGCAGGGUGGGUCUGCAGAAGGUAAUAUGUGUGUGCCCCUUUCCCGCUUCAGAGGGAAAUAGGAGAUGA